AAAAAACCUCUUUCUAGAGAAAAAGCCGCCGUAUUAGGAUUUUCCGGCCGACGGAGUUGGCUCCCUUAGCCACCGUCGGUCCGGUCUUGAAUGUUAUGAUUAGCGUUUCUUCUUCCGAGCAUGUUUGUUUUUUCUCUUUUGGCUUUGAUUUUUACGACUGGUAAUUACCUCCGGGAGGUGGAGGUUUGCGCAGCUCCGCCGACGCCGGCUACAGACCGCGGGGGGUAGAGGCUUCUUCAGCCGAACCUCGCCGACUUUUGGAUCUUCGGUUUUGAUUCCUUCUGGUUUUGGUUUUCUUUUCGGUGUUCCGGCUUCGGUUUCCGGCGGAUGAAAUCUUGGUAAGACUUCGAUGGAAGCUCUCCGGCGGUGGAGCUACGGUGGGGAAGAAGCAUGGGAAGAGUUUGGUUUGCAGUCGUCAGUGUGCUAGGAUGAACUGAAUGAGAUCUCGAUGUGAACUCGAUGAAGUCCUUCGGUGAUAAAGUGUGAGCGGCGAUGCUGGACGUGAUGUUGGAUGCGAUGUGGGGCGCGAUGGUUUGUCUCCGGUGGGUUUCCGGCGAAAAUCUCGGUCUUUGGGCCAUGGUGUGGCGAUCUGGUGACGCGUGUGUCGCGUUUUACCGGCGAUUUGCACACGUGGACGGCGUUCAGGAUUUAAUGGGACAUGUGGGUUUGGUUAAGUUGCGUGAAUCGCGGGUUGGGCUUUUAGCCUUUGUUGUUGUGUUUAUCGGGCCCUUUUGUUUUCUUUUUGUUGGGCCGUGUAGGCUGGUUUGUAGCCGUUUGGUUUGGACUUGGUCCUUUAAUAAAAUUUCAAUUUGUGAAAAAAAAAAAACAUGAUGUCAGAGAACUGAAACUGUUCUUAACAGAGCAACCAUGAAAGAUGUAUGCGUGGGGUUUCUUUCUAUUUCCAUAUAUACUCUUCUCUCCUCAGACCUAUUCUUCUCUGUCCUCAGGUUUCCAUUUUUGGCAAUCAAAAAGAUUUGCAUACGAUAACAUAGCCAUCACCAGAUCCAAACAUCACAUGCUUUAUCUCCAUGUAUAUAUUAUCUCUCUGUGUGAAUAUAUGAGACCAAGAGAAGAGCUACAUGGAUUUUUCUUGUUUCCAAGAAUACCCUUUUGAUCUUCAGUGCAGAGGAGCAUUUAAUGGCUUUGGAGAAAACAAGGCAGUGGAGUUCUCUAAUAAAAGAAGCAUGCUGAAGAAGAGUGAUGAAUUCAAGAAGAAGCAGAGAGGUUCUUCUAGGGGUUGUAGCAGAGGACAUUGGAGAAUCUCUGAGGAUUCGCAGCUGAUGGAACUUGUUGCUGUCUACGGUCCUCAAAACUGGAACCACAUUGCAGAGAAGAUGCAAGGAAGAAGAACAGGAAAGAGUUGCAGAUUGAGGUGGUUUAACCAGCUAGACCCGAGGAUCAACAAAAGAGCUUUCAGCGUUGAGGAAGAAGAGAGGCUACUUGCAGCUCACAGAGCAUUUGGUAGCAAAUGGGCUAUGAUUGCUAAGCUUUUUGAUGGAAGAACAGACAAUGCCUUGAAGAAUCACUGGCAUGUCCUCAUGGCAAGAAAGUUGAGGCAACAAUCAACUUCUUACCUAAGGAGUAUCAAUGAGUAUGCUUAUAAUCCUACUUCAGAUAAAAAAACCUUCAAUAUCCCUCCUGGUACUGUAGAUGGUGAAGCUAUGAAUCUGGAAAAGAACAGCUGGGAAACGUUAAAAGAGUACACAACUAACCUGAAAGCUCAGUAUCUACAAGAAGAGUAUUGUUCUUCACGCAUGCCGAUGCAGGGCCCGCAUCAUCACUGCUCAACCUUCCCUGCAGAUUCCUUAGCACUGACACUGCAACCAUCAUCACCAUCACUCUCGGCAUCAUCAUCAUCAUCAUCAUCAUCAUCAUCUGCAGAACAUAGAGUGGUGGCCAGAUAUUUUGAGACCACCAAACCUCCAGCAUUUAUAGAUUUUCUUGGGGUCGGCUACCAAAACCCCAACAUUUAGAGAGAAAAAGAAGACUAGGAGCUAAUAAAGACUUGAUUACUAUUAUUAUUAUCAAAAUCCAUUUCGUUUGUAA